GAGACGCCGUAGUUUACGUCCACAGCAGGCGAGGCCAAGGCUAGGCGCUGGCGGCCGCCUGCGGGAAGGUCUCCAGGCCAUGGACCCGCGGCUACCAAAUACUGAAGGGCCCAGGAAGGAUCCGUGGCAGCCCGGGCCUGAGAUGAGUUUAGAGUCCUUGUUUCAGCACAUCAUCUUCUCGGAGCAUCAGGCGGAGGAGAGUCGCCGCUUGAUCCGAGAAGUAAGGUCGGAAAUUAACAGAUGUCGUGAAGACAUUAAGAAAGCAACUGAGAUGCUGAAUGAAGAGAAAAUCAAGUUGGAAUCCAAGGUUCAGGAAUUUUCUGAAAAAACUUUCCUCUUACAGCUUUGGAAGAUUCAUGAAAAUGCCUUAGAAAGACAGUGUAGUGAAAUUACAAACCAGAGGAAUAUGCUUCUCCAAACCUUUGAGGCUACAAAGAAAAAAGUGAUAGAAGAGGAGGAAAAAUUUAUUAAGGAAAUUGCAGACUUCAAUAAUGAGUAUGAAGUAACAAAGAAAAGAGAGCUGUUGAUAAAAGAAAAUGUCCAGAUUGAAAUAUCUGACUUAGAAAACCAGGCAAACACUUUGAAAAGAGAAAUGAAGACAAUGGAACACGAUAGCGGCCAGUUAAGUGAACUUCAAAAACAAAAGGAUGAAUUAAUACAAGAAUUAUUUACUCUGCAGAGAAAACUUAAAGUUUCUGAAGAUAAAAAGAAUGAAGCCAUUUGUACUACCAAAUACCUAGAGGCAGAAAAAGUAAAAAUCAAUGAAAAGCCUCAAAAUGAUGCUGAAUGCUUAAGACUUAAGAAAGAAUUAGAACUUUGUAAGGAAGACGACAUGCAAAGUGCUUAUGAAGCUCUCCAAACAGAAAUAGAAUUUCUGGAGUUGACAUUGGCACAGAAAGAUCUUCGGGAAAACAAAUAACUUGUGGAGAAUUGACCAAAGCUAUCCAAGUUCUGGAGGUCAGAAGUGUGACGUGGGCCUCACUGGACUGAAAGCGAGAUGUCAACGCUGCGUUCCUUCGGAGGCUCUAGGGUUUGAGAACCACACCACUCCAAGCAAAAGACUGGAAUAUCCUUCUCUGAGGAAGCUCAACAGAAAAGACUUAAGGAAAGAAAGUUUUCAAUGAAACAGUCCAGCCAGAUCACUCUAGAGUGAAAUUCACAGCUGACAAGUACCACACAUGUGUCCAGAAAUUUUAAAACAUUUUACAGCCUCAUUCUUAAAUGGAAUCAAUCAAUAUCCACAAGAUAUGCCUUUAACAAGAAGAGGACGUAUCCAAACAAAUAGGGGGAAAAGCAACUUGGAAGACAGUAUGCGGGGAAGUGAAAACUUCAAAAAAAUCCUUGAUAUCCUGAGAUAUGAGAAGAUAUUUGCCAUUAUAAGAUGCAAAUAAAUGAAAUUUAAAAUGUUAGCAGAAGAUUUUUAAAAUAAAAGAGCUAAAAGGUAAAGUUGAGGAGAUGUCCCAGAAAGUAGAGCAUAAAAACAAAAAAAGAGGAAAACUAGGAGAGGAAGGUAAAUUUUGAGAAUCAGUUCAUUUUGUUCAAUAUCUAAAUAAUAGGAGUUUGGAAAGAGAACAGAAAAAGCAGAGAAAUUUUUCAAGAAUUAAAGGACCUGAGUUUUUAGAUUGAAAGAACCCAUUAAGAGCCUAAUGGAAUCAAUGCAUAGACCUGCUGUCCAAAUGGCAUCAUCACAAGAUUUUAGAAUAUGAAAGACAAAAGUAAGAUCCUGUGAACUUACAAAGUGAAAACUAGGUCACCUCUAAGGGAUCAGGAGUCAGAAUGCUUUGAACUUCUCAACAAGAUUAGGAUGACUGAUCCAACAAUUGGUUUACCAAUUCACAAGAGAGGUAAUGAGAAUCUUAUAGAUAAGGAGACGAUAACUCCCAGGAUCAAAGCUGUGCAUCAGCCUGCAGAGCAACCAACCUGAAUGAGAAUAGCCUCUAGAGAGGUGUUUCCAAAGUGGAAUUUCUACGAUACUUACAUGUUGGAAAUAUUGAGAGGAACUUUAAACAACUGGAGUAGAGUUUUGGUCGGUGCUAAGUAUACAGAAAACUCAGUAAAUAAAAUAAAUCACAAGAAUAUUACUAACUCCACAGAAAACAAAAAGGUGUGCAAGGAAGGAUGAGUAAUACCAAUCAUAAUCCUACACAGCUUGUCUGUACAUAUUUUCAUAAUCAUAUCAGUGUAAACAUUGACUAUUGAUCUAACUAAAGUAUAACACAAUGUUGGAAGGCUAGAGGUGGGAAGAAAUGUGUUUGUGAUGAUGGUAGAUGUUUUAUGGGAAAAAGACUAAAUUCAUAUCCUCCAUGUAGAAAAUCAGCAGAUAAUGCCAAAACUGGAAAAAAAAAAAAAAAAAAGCAUGUUAUUUAGUGACAUGAAAGCAAAUUCAAAAAUUAAUAGCCACAGGGCCGCCUGGGUCACUUUGGCUCAGGUCAUGAUCUCAAGGUUCGUGGGUUCGAGCCCCACGUUGGGCUCUGUGCUGACAGCUCAGAGCCUGGAGCCUGUUUCAGAUUCUGUGUCUCCCUCUCUCUCGCUGCUCCUCCUCUACUCAUGCUCUCUCUCUGCGUGUCUCUCAAAAAUAAAUAAACAUAAAAAAAAAUAACAGCCAAAAAAGUUGAAGUUACUGCCUGGCAGCAGUAAAGGGGAGCCGGCAAGGAGAGAUUGAUAGUCUAUGUUAAUACAAAUAAUCUUUAUAAAACUAUUUUUUGGGAAGUUUGCUUUGUUUAUGGACCAUAACUCUAAACAUGACAUGCAAAGUAGAUCUUUAUUUUAAUAUAAAUCAAAUACGGUGACGUGCUAGUAAACCAGCUCUCUGAGACGAUAGGGGUGGGAGGAGCCCUGAUUUGUAAUGUGUUGUAAAGGCUACCACCAUGGCCAAUUUCAAGAUAACAAUAGCUUCACAGCUGGCUCACAAAGUUCCUAAAAUACAACAAUGGGCUCAUGCAAGGCAGUAUAAAUCAGCUUAUAAUGACUUCGGUAAAAGUACAUGUUUUUGUUUUUGUUUUUAAAGGAAAAAAGUCCUCUCUGGCUUACGUGAAAAGCACACUGUUGCUGUGUGAAACAAGGCUCUCCCUAUUUUUUUGCAGUUGUUUUUUCUUUAAAUUUAAGUCACCGUUUGAGAUGUAAUUCAUAUACAAUAAAAUGCACAGAUUUUGAGUGGAGUUUGAUAAGUGUUUACCGAUGGAAGCACCCAUGUAAUCUCUACACAAAGCAAGGGAUAGAACAAUUUCAUUUAUAGUUAUUGACUGGAUGGAAUCAGUAAUUUUAAGAAUAUUGGAUAUUGGGGAUAGAGCUUUAAUGGAUAACUUACAGUCUAUAGUAAUCCACCACAGAAUGUGCUUUAUUUUUUUCCAGGUAAAAAUGUAAAAACAGGCAAAAAUUGGACUAUUAAAUGGAGAAGGGGUGAGAUGAUCAAUCCUUUAUUAAUUAGGCUUUAUAUAAUAAGUUUCUAUCUUUGAAAGUUUUGUUUUAACAUACGCUGGAACAAAUUAAAUAUUUUAACUGGGAAUCCAUGAGGUCUCAUUUAUCAAGCUAAUUUGUAAAUGCCAAAAACUUUCUUAGUUUUCAUUUAUUAUUCACUAUUAUACAUACAUAUAUAUAUAUAUA